AUGGGUCUAGCAUAUCCUGACGCCAGUUGGUCAAUUGCAACACAUAUAUUACUUGCUGCUCAUAUGCUUUUUGUGAAUAUUUUACUUAUUGAUUUGCUUAUUGCAAUAUUUAGUAAACGAUUUGAUCAAGUAGAUGAAGAUACAAAAAAUAUUUGGCAUUCUCAACAAUAUGUAUUUACACGUGAAUAUUUUAUACGUUCACCGUUUUUUCCACCAAUAAGUCUCAUUUAUGAUGUUUGUCAUCUAUGUCGUAUGAUGAUCUUUGCUAUAGGACGAAUUUGUUCGAAAAAUUCAGCAGAUCGUCGAGCGAAAGUAUUUAAAAUAAUUCCUAUAAAUAAAGAUUUUAUUAAAGACUGGUACGAAUUUGAAGGUGCAUCAACAAAUGAAUAUACUCAUGCCGAAGCAAAAGCAUCAAAAUCUACAUCGUUAACAUCGAUUCAAGAUUUACAUCUUGAUAAUAUUGGAAAAAUAAAAGAAACAAAUGCUAUAAUAAAAAUGUUUCAAAUGAAUCAAUUAGUAAUCUAA